AUGGAAGAGCUGAGGGAACGAAACCUCAUAGAGGAAGGGGAGCCGAUAUACAUCCCAGAUCUGGAAAAUGAAGAUCUCCUUGAGGAGAACUACCUUAGUAUUAUUGUUCGCUGCCUCAACCCAGGAGUUCAUAAAGUGGGAGGUCUAGUCAAGGCUCUUCCCCCAAUCUGGGGACUGGAAGAUCGUGUGAAGGGGCGAGGGGUAGGCGAAAACAGAGCUCAGUUCAUCUUUCAAUGUGAAAGAGAUCUCAAGUUCGUUAUGGAUAAGGGACCGUUGUUCGUCAAUGGUUGGAUUGUCUCUCUGGAUCAAUGGUCCCCAAAUCCAGGACCAAACUUUCUCAAUAUUAUCCCUUUCUGGAUUAGAAUCAGAGGAAUACUGAUUCAUCUCCUCAAGAAGCAGACAGUGGAGGGCAUCAUCUCGCCGUUAGGAAGGGUAGAUGCAGUGGAGCUUCACGCUAAAAACUCAGAAUCGAUGGAGUAUGUGAGAGCUCAUUUUGGGUAA